CGCCCUGUGCACUCCUGGAACCGAGCAGGCGGUGCCAGCGGCGGCGGUUGCUUCUUCAGUCGGGCGCUCUGACGAUAAGGGCCCUGGAUCGCUCGGAGGUGCUGACCUCCUGCCAUCGCAGGUUGCCCCAUGAGUCGGGGGACCAUGCCCCAGCCUGGAGCAUGGCCAGGCACAAGCGGUGCGGAGAAGCUGAUGCGAGAGGCGGGGGCCGCGCCCCCCGGCCCCGCCAGAGUCGUGGUGUUGGGCCAGGCGGAGCAUGAGGAGGACAUAUAUCGCUCUGAUGAUGAAAUAAAAAAGGAGAAAGAAUUACCUAUACAUGAAAGAGGGUUACCAGAACCUAGAUUAAGUGUAGCUCCCGAAGUGGAUAUCAUGGACUACUGCAAGAAAGAGUGGAGGGGAAAUACGCAAAAUGCUACAUGUAUGAAAAAGGGCUACGAAGAGGUAUCUCAGAAGUUCACCUCCAUCAGGCAAGUCCGCGGAGAUAAUUACUGUGCGCUGAGGGCCACGCUGUUCCAGGCCAUGAGCCAGCCGGCAGUGCCGCCCUCCUGGCUGCAGGCUCCGGAGCUCACGCUGUUACCAGAAAAACUCAUAAGCAAAUACAGCUGGAUCAAGCAGUGGAAACUUGGACUGAAAUUUGAGGGGAAGAACGAGGACCUGGUUGAUAAAAUUAAGGAGUCCCUCACUCUGCUAAGGAAGAAGUGGGCGGGCCUGGCUGAACUGAGAACUGCUGAAGCAAGGCAGACGGCUUGUGAUGAACUGUUCACAAACGAAGAGGAAGAAUAUAGCCUUUAUGAAGCUGUAAAAUUUCUAAUGCUAAACAGAGCCAUUGAACUCUAUGAUGAUAAAGAGAAGGGAAAGGAAGUGCCGUUUUUCUCUGUGCUUCUGUUUGCUCGGGACACAUCAAGUGACCCUGGACAGCUACUGAGGAACCAUCUAAACCAGGUGGGACACACUGGUGGCCUUGAACAGGUUGAAAUGUUCCUUCUCGCCUAUGCUGUGCGCCACACCAUCCGGGUGUACCGGCUCUCCAAGUACGGCACUGAAGAGUUCAUCACAGUCUACCCCACAGACCCACCCAGGGACUGGCCGGUGGUGACCCUGAUCACCGAGGACGAUCGGCACUACAACAUCCCCGUCCGAGUGUGUGAGGAGACGAGUCUGUGAGGGCCUCGCACCCGGACAGUCUGGCCGUGGGGCCACGGUGUGCAGGCAGCUCCUCGGCUCGGGCCUCGGCCUGCUGGUCUCCUGGAGUGACUUAUGGGAGCUCUUACGCCCCGAGAGCCUAGCUGGCCUGAGGAGUUCUGAAGAUUAGCUUUGAUAAUGAAGCAAUAUGUUGUCCUGGAUGCCUUUAGAACACAUUUGUUGGAAGGUGCAUACUGUAUCUUUUCCAUAAAACAAAUACUUUUGUAAAAAGAGACUUAUUUUGGAGAGGAAUAUGUUCUUUAUAUCUCAAAUCAAACUUUCUCUAAUAGUCAGCUGGCUUUUGAUUUUUUUUAAGAUAGUAAUUUUUUUGUUUUGGCGGUAGCGGGUCUCUGUGGCAACCUUGCUGCACGGUCUGCUUACUCGGUCUGUUCUGGGACAGGGUCUUUUAAUGGCAUAGGCUGAACAUCCUCUGCUAGUCCCGUCAAGCCGUGGUGUGGAUUUACAUACCAAUUAAAUCAAUUCUAGACAGAUCGUUUAAUAGAAAGUUAAGAAUUGAGCCCCAAAGUGAAUUGUUUAAAGGCUGGAGGAGGUGCUGGGAUAGGAGGGAGGCAGUGGCACCUGGAAAUCCUUGCUCUGCGAGGACAUGACAGGUGCCUGAGGCAGUGGACACACCAGGUCUGGUGCGGGGUGCACGUGGUGCUCUGUGAGCCGGGGCAGUGCUGCCUGUGGCUGAUUGAACUCUUGUGUCGGGAGCUGUGUAUUAUUCUGCAGCCCGUAGGUUCACCGUUAUGGUCAGAACAGCGCUCAGAUGCACCUGCUGCUUUAGAGGAGGAGACCGAGGCCGAAUGACUGCAGCCCCUCAUCUGACUUCAGGGGUGGGGUGAGCUGGGUCCAGGUCUUCCUGUGCCCUUUUUGUGCCUUUUUUUUUUUUUUUUUUGCCAAAUUCAUGAAACUCCUCUGCUGGUAAGAAACAAGUAACAGCAGAGUGCCUGAAGUUUCUCAUGAGUUAGCUUAGGCAGGAGCGUGUACUAAAACUGGGUGCAAAGGUGUGGCGGAGCUGCCUCUGCCUGGAACUGGGUUCGGGAGGCCUGAGGGAGGCAGUGGUCCGGGCUGCGAGCGCUGGCUGCAGGGCUGCGGGCAGCCUGGCUGAGCACGGUCGGCCUCAGGGCCCGAACCAUCCGCGGGAGACGGGGCCGCGGGCACUGUCCUCAGGAGCCAGACACGUCGCUCCUCAGGGCAGUGCCAGCAGCACCCGAAUUGGCUCAGCCUUUGUGGAGGGGGUGCUGCCCCGAAGUAUUGAUCUUUAGUUUAGAAUAACUUAAAGCUUUAUUUGGUCCAAUACAAUAACAUUUAUAAACUAUCUAAUUGUUUUCUUUCAGAGGGACAGUUUUCUUUUUUUUUUUUAACCUAAGCUUUGCUUUCACUUAAAAAUUAAAAUUCUUAGUGGAGAAAACUCGACACACAGAACUAUGCAGACUGUUACGCUAGUGCUUUCCCCGUUACCUCAUCUGUGAGCACCGCGGGCGGCUUGGUGAUGCCGCCUCACUGGGUCGGACUCCGCUCCAAAUGUGUGUGGGUGCAGAGGCUUGUGCUUUUCACUGUGAAAUGCAGGGGUGCCUUGGACAGGAGGUGCCUAGAAGCCAAAUUCAAGUAAUCAGAGUGACUUCUUGUUGGCUUCGAUGCUGCAUUUUAGUAUUUGUGACGUAACAGGAAAUACAUACUAUUUAUUCUUAAAUAUUUUCAAAAGCGUAACUUCAAACGUCAGGUUGAACAAGACAGCAGGGGUCUCUGUUCAUGUGACCAUUUGUUCAAACCCACUAUUGAAUAUAGUGACACUCCUGAUAAUAACACUCAUGAUUGUCUGUCUUUGAGUUUUGAAAAUAGACUAAUCUCAGUGAACUUCACUUGGACUUCUGGGCAACUUAGGUGUUUACAUUUUAUACUUUUCUCUUCUUCCUAUGUAUGUUAUUGUUAGAGUGUGUGCAGAAAUUGCGGUCUCAACUGUCACCAUUAGUAUUUAGCUGGGAGAGGGGAGCAAAAGGGAAUUAGACAUUGGGAAGUCAGGAGAACCCCCUUAAUUGUAUAUGGUACAUGAUGUAAGGGUGAACCCCCUUAAAAGUUCACCACAGAACCACAUCCUCCCAUGAGGGUCUCAAGAAAUUCUUUUUUGAGAACACAAGAACUCGUUUUCCACUGAUGAUAGUGUGUGUGCAGAAAUUGUGGUCUUCACCACCACACUGAUAAAUGUGAAAGAAUGAGCUCAAAAGAAUUUCUGUCCCAAGGCCCCACAUUGGACUCUCCUUUCAGACUGUUGUCCAGGCUCAGAGGGGUCCGAGCCAAAGAGAAACACAGCUUUCAGUGCACAGUCCUCAGGAAACACAGAGGAUUGGCCACCUUGACAAGUAACGUUUCUUUGUUGCAACAUGAACCUUCGGUUACCCACAGUCCUAAUUCCAUUUCUCAUUCCUGGUCUCAGGCUGGUCAGGUGACAUGAGAAGACUAGACAUUGAAUUGAGACCAAGAUGGAUUCUGGGAUCUCUAAAAUAAUAAAACUAUUCUAGGAGGAAAGUUAGUGGGAACUACACUGUGCUUACUUUCAACCCCAGAGUAGCAAGAGUUCAGAGGUUUUGGACCCUACGAUUGAUUUUGGCAGGAAGAUGAUUGCCUUAAGCAGGUGUGACUUACCCCUUUGAGUAGGUGCAUUUAAGACUGAAAGGAUUUCCAUCCAACAGGUUGCAGGAAAUUAACAUUGCUCCUUCAGAGCUUUUUCUGGUUCCCCUCCUCACCUGCUCUGCUACUUCUGCGUGUACCGCAUCCGUUCACUCCACGCACACACGGCACAGACCAGCGAUGGCGGCGGCUGAGAACGAGACGCCAGUGUGUGGUCUUGCCCUUAUCAUGUAGGUGUAGGUGGAAUCUCAUCCAAAAUACUACAGUUUCUUCUUUCAAUCCGAAAAUGUUGUAAAUGCACAGAACAAGAUUGACUUGGCUUUCUUUAUGUAGCCAUUCACUUUUUAUCGUACUAUCACGUAUUCAGUUAAUGCCUGAUGGCACUUGAAAGAAAACAGACAUUGCCUUUAUCAUCCUCCAUUAGUCUUUCCCCUCCAGUUCCAGAUCUUAUCAGGUGAAAUGUCAGGCCACUUGAGUUGAACACCUCUGAUGAGAGAAAAGACCUUUUCAAGUUGCGUGCUUGGUUUUGGGGUUUUUUUCCUAAGGGGCUGUGUUAUUCCUCCUGCUCUAACCCUGUCCCCAAGGUGCCGUUUUCCCUGUGAGUGCGGAGUGUAGUUUCUGAAGGUCUUCCAGAUAAUGACUCGGAUGUGCGGUGUGGCAUUUAAUGGCCUAGCAGGCUUACCGUCCCAGCAUGUAUUAGGGCUCCAGUAGGCUUCUCAGCUGUGUCUCCUUUUUGAUGUUAAAAUAAAGUUAAAUUAUUUUCUUUCUCUCUUUCUUAAGCAAUACUUUGCAGGUGCUGCCGGUUCAAAGUCAGAAAGUGUUUUCUGAAGUAUAAACCUUCAGGGAAUCUCACUUGUAGGCCCACACAAAAAUAAAUGCCUUUUCAGAGAGAUUUGUGACCACUUAAAAAGCAAUAGAGCAGGAACCCUGUGUGUGUGGAGCGAGUCUGAAAUGUGUGUGAAAGGCCUGGAGCCCCCAAACAGUUGAGCAGAGGCAGGGCAUGAGGUCAAGUAAUUUAAACACGGCCCACGGAACUGUGAGGAGU